AAUACCACGUUGUCCUCGCCAGAGCUGUCGGCUGUGUGCAUUUAGAAAGGAAUGUCAACAUGAACCACAAUAUUAAGUCACCUGUCUACAGCAGACAACUGGUUUUGUCCUGGAGCUUAACUUCUACAUAUCCAAUGACCUGUAGGACUGCUAUUCAUAGACACAUUCCCAAAUAUGUGGUUCGACCAUUCUCCUCUGUCAGCGGGCCUAUAUCCUCAAAAUAUUUGGAGACUAGAAAAUGAAUUUCCCGCUGAAAAUGCGUUGGAAUGCAAAAAGCUGAAAUUAAUUUCAAAACAUUGUUUAAAAUACAGAAAUGGAAAAAAGCUGAAAUUCUAAAAAUUGCUGAAAGAAUAGAAAUAGGAGAAGCUGAAAUAAAUUUAAAAUAGGCUGAAAAUACAGACAUGAGAAAAGCUGAAAUGAACUUUAAAGAAUUGCAAAAAAGAAACAAAUGGGAGAGGCUACUUCUAAACAUUGCUGAAAGAAUAGAAAUAGAAAAAGCUGAGAAUUAAAAAAUACAUUUUCUGUAGUAAUAUAAGGUUUAGUACACUAGUAUUUGAAAGCAAUUGUGUACCUAUGGUUGAGGUAGAGAUAAUCAUUGAGGCUUUUAUUGUUGGAAUGCAUCAAUGCAUUCCAACAAUUAUGUGUCCUUCACUCUGAUUGGCUGGAAAUCUUAAAAGUCACACCUGUGACACUUAAAUGUUAAUUGCGUACAUGAGGCGAAAAGAAGUUAAAUGGUACACUGACUGCUCCCAUUGUGUAAGUUAUGAACUGUGAUCGUGUCAUUCCGAGGGUGGAAAGAGACUAUUAAGGUUCCUUUGCGUGAGUAUUUCCAUUUUUUCUGCUACUUUAUAGGCUUCUUCUACUCACUUCAACGACUUUGGACUUCCCUAAAGUAUUUACUCCGGCGCAUACAUCGGUGACUCUAAAUGAAGUGAAAUAAAUGUGUGUUCCGUUUCUCUAAAAGUCCACAUGUCCCUCUCCGGUCUGCGGUCUCUUUAAGUCCAGAUCCCGAGGAGGAGAGCUGCGCUCAGCCUGAUAAACAGCUGCUUGCCAUUUGGGCCACUUCACAAAAAAACUUUGCUCUCCCAACUCCUCGAGAAGGGAUUUGUGUGUGUGUGCGUGAGCGUGCGUUUGCGCGCGCGUGAGUGCGUGCGUGCGUGCGCGUAGCCCUCCGCGCUCUUUGUCCGUGGAUGUUCGGAUAUAGGAAGUCUGCGCCGCUGGAAGCUCCAGUCUGGACUCUGGGUUUGCGUAAUGCCGAGGCGUCCUGUGCUCCACAUCUGGAUUGACUAUUUGGAGCUAACGGGCCCCGCGUCUCGUCUCGUCUCUUCAUGGAGGCGCUGGUUUCUUCUCUGGAAUUUAACCGCGUUGGAUUCACCGAGAGUUGCGCGUAGAUUAUGUAUUCUCUAAAAUGGGUGCGAACAAUGGAAAACAGUACGGAAGCGAGGGUAAAGGGAGCUCAAGCAUCUCUUCUGACAUAAGUUCGAGCACAGAUCACACACCAACCAAAGCUCCAAAGAAUGCGACUACCACCGAAGGCUUGGACUCCAGCACCCGGACUCUGAGCACCCCGAGCCCCGGCCUCAUCCUGCCCUCCAAGUCCUCCUCCCUCUCCAGUAACGGCCAUGACACCAACUCCUCCUCCUCCUCCUCGGCCCGCGCCGAGACCGUGGCCGUGGUCCACUCGCAGCCCGGCACCCACGCCCGCUCGCGCCACUCCAAGAGCCACCACCACCACGCCCCCGUGGACCUGCUGCCCGACCACGCCCUGCUGCAGAUCUUCUCCCGCCUGCCCACCAAUCAGCUGUGCCGCUGCGCGCGCGUGUGCCGCCGCUGGUACAACCUGGCGUGGGACCCGAGGCUGUGGGGCACCGUGCGGCUGACCGGAGAGCUGCUCCACGCCGACCGGGCCAUCCGGGUGCUGACCCACCGGCUGUGCCAGGACACGCCCAACGUGUGUCUGACCUUGGAGACGGUGGUGGCGAACGGGUGCAAGAGGCUCACCGACCGGGGGCUGCACGUGGUGGCCCACUGCUGCCCGGAGCUGCGCCGCCUGGAGGUCGCCGGCUGUUACAACGUCUCCAACGAGGCCGUGUUCGAGGUGGUGUCCCGCUGCCCGAGCCUGGAGCACCUGAACCUCUCAGGCUGCUCCAAGGUCACGUGCAUCAGCCUCACCCAGGAGGCCUCGCUGCAGCUCUCCCCCCUCCACGGCCAGCAGAUCUCCAUCCACUACCUGGACAUGACCGACUGUUUUUCCCUCGAGGACGAGGGCUUGCGGACUAUCGCCUCCCACUGCCCCCGCCUGACGCACCUGUACCUGCGGCGCUGCACCAGGCUGACGGACGAGGCCCUGCGCCACCUGUCCCUCCACUGCCCCUCCAUCCGGGAGCUCAGCCUCAGCGACUGCCGCCUGGUGGGGGACUUCGGCCUGCGGGAGGUCGCCCGCCUGGAGGGCUGCCUGCGCUACCUGAGCGUGGCCCACUGCGCGCGCAUCACCGACGUGGGCGUCCGCUACGUGGCGCGCUACUGCCCGAGGCUGCGCUACCUGAACGCCAGGGGCUGCGAGGGGCUCACGGACCACGGCCUGAGCCACCUGGCCAGGAGCUGCCCGCGGCUCAAGUCCCUGGACGUGGGCAAGUGCCCGCUGGUGUCGGACGGCGGCCUGGAGCAGCUGGCCAUGUACUGCCAGGGCCUGAGGCGGGUGAGCCUCAGGGCGUGCGAGAGCGUGACGGGCAGGGGCCUCAAGGCCCUGGCGGCCAACUGCUGCGAGCUGCAGCUGCUCAACGUGCAGGACUGCGAGGUGUCGCCGGAGGCCCUGCGCUUCGUGAGACGCCACUGCCGGCGCUGCGUCAUCGAGCACACGAACCCGGCUUUCUACUGAGGGGCCGGGCCGGGUCCUCUGACAAGUGGAUGUUCUGAUACUCCCGCUAUGGAGUCGGCAGAGUCCGGCGGGUCGAAGGCGCUGCAGACACUUCCCUAGACUGUAUUUAACGUAUUUAUCUGUAAAAAGGCGGAGGAGUACAGUAUUUCAGCGUACAACGUCUUCCCCCUUCACGAUGUCACAACGCGACCACGACACGGAGCGCCGGGUGCAGAUGUGCCUGCACGUAGCGGCAUUGUUAUAUAUUUCAUGUCAACACCUUACAGCCCUGAAACAUAACCAUAAUUAUACUGCAUCUAUUUAUAAAUGGCGAGUAUCUUCAGACUAAACCACUAAGAAUGUAGCUACGAAACAGAACUCAUUCUCGGUUUCACUCUGUUUAUGUUGCACGUGCACUUUAUGCAUUUGUGCCGACGAUCACUUAAAACUGAGCUCAAAGCGUCAUCUUUUCAUUUGCUGUAAAUUCAAACUAUAAGCUGGACAUUUUCUUCUUUCAAAGCCAGAUAUAAACAAUCCGUUUUUUGAGACAAAUGAACAAAGAACACGUUGCUGCUAUAACUGUGCCAAUAAACUUCUUCAAAAUC